UAUUACGCACGGAGGUGACAGCAGUCGGUAGUCGAGGUAUGGUAAUGGCAAGUUGCUUCCGUCGUCUCCCGCAAGUGGGUAGUAUACGAAUAGUUAUUUUGUAAAACAUUCUAUAUCUAACAAAACCGCGAGAGCAACAACCAAUCACAGGCUGUUGUCAUCAUACAGGGUACAGUUGCAGGCACCGGGUGAAACACGUGGCAUUUUGUAUUCUCUGGAAAACCGACGAGGUUUAGUUAGUCUUAACAACAGAACAUUGUCGAACUAACUCUCGCCCCCUCUUGGGACACUUAACCCGUUUAUUUAUAGUGCUAACGGCCGUCUACCAACACCAUCAACAUCAACUCUCUGGGAACCAAGGAGGACUUUAAAAAGACCAGCAUAUUCCAUCGCCCAGUUCUUUCUUAAAAUGAAGUCAGCGGCGACAUUUGCGCUUUGCGCACUACUGGUCCUUGGCUACUGUUCGCGCUCAAGAGGUGACCACUCCAUCACUGUUGCUCCUGCCUCCGCACCCCACGGUCCCCCCGGCACCUUCACCACCACCACCGCCCGGUCCUCCACCCCCCACAGAGGAGAUGGAAAAACCGCCUCGGAAUCCACCGCUGUUGUUGCCCAAAAGCCCUCGCCGACCCCCAGCAGCUCCCUGGCUCCUGUCCUCCACUCCACACUAGCCAAUGUCAGCGACACAAAUGAGCGUGUGCCCAGUACCAGUGCUGAUGCCAACGGGAAGGACACCAAUGCCACCCACUCAACGGCCCCCCCUCCACUGUCCACCAACCAGACUGGCACCCAGGCACCUGCUCUCACUGUGACAGAUGGCACAGCUGUCCCCACAGCCGCUGUCGGGGCCAACGGGACGCACCAAACAGGAAGUGCCACCACCGCCUCUCCCACUGCUGCUUCCACCGCUCCGGGAAUUCAAACUGAGGUGUCUGAGGACAACGGUACCCUCUCCACCUCUCCACCCACUACGACUGCCCCCGCCUCCGCAGUCCCACCUGCCGUCACCCAGCCCAUCGACUCCAAGACUCAGUCAACCUCCCCAACAACAACAACAACAACAUCAACCAUGACAACCCCACUCACGACUGCUGCUCCUGAGAUCGUCCCCCAGAGCGCCAGCCCAGUCCCUGGACAUAAGAAGCCCACGGGUAGCAGCACCACCAUCAGUAGCACCACCACCACCACCACCACCACCAUUACCAAUAUUAAGGUUUCUACUGCCACGACCAGCGGCAGCGUAGCUAAAUCAACCACCACAACCAGCCCAACUGCUGCACUCGGACACCCCACCAAGGCAGCAGCCCUCUCAGAGCUCAACGUAGGCGAUGAUGAGGGCAGCUCUAAAGGCGUACCGGAUCCGUUGCUGGCUGGCCUGGUGUCUGUUUUCGUUGUCGCUGCAGCCAUCGUCUCCCUCCUGGUGUUCCUGAAGUUCCGUAAUCGGAAUGAACGCCCAGAGUUCCGCAGGCUCCAGGAUCUUCCCAUGGAUGACAUGAUGGAGGACACCCCUCUCUCCAUGUACAGCUACUGACAGAGCCCCAACUCUCACCUUUAGUCAAGACUGAUACGCAGGCUCCUGCCGAGCCGUUCCCUUUUCCCCCAGCAUUCCCUGCUUUAGAAAACAAAAAUACCCCCUGCUUUAGAAAACAAAAAUACCCCCCCCCCCCCAGCCCC